CAAAAUUUUUCACAUCACAAGUUUGCUUUCAAACUACAUAAAAACUUACAAAAAAAAACCAAAAAAUAUUUUAUUGCUUUCAAAAUUUUUAUGUGUUCUCAAUAUUUCGCUAAUAAAAAUUCAAAAUUCCACAAAAUAUAAAGAAAAUUUUGCAAAAAAAUUUGGUAUAACAAAUAAUACAAAAAAAUGUCCAGAAAACCUACAGCAACAUCACUACAGAGGCCCUUGAAACAAAGUGGGAGAAGCUCGAGGUCUUCGAACGCAUCCAAAACCACACUUAAUAGCAAAACAAAAAUUAAAACUGCUAUUGAAAAACCAGUAAAACCUGAGCGAAAUUCAAAACGAGAAAGCGAAGUUAUUGAACCAGAAAUCGAACAAGAAAACGAAAAAGAAGCACCAAAAUCGUUAAAACGUGAAACGAGCGCAGACAAUGUAAACGUUAAGGCGGAACACGAUGAUAAAGCGACGAAUAAAUGUUUUGACGAUUGGAAGGAGUUUUAUUUGCAAAUUUUUGGCAAUAUCAAAACCAAAUCUGAUCUGAUUAUAGCGUUUACGCAUUAUAUACUUAUGAAGAAUGGUUUCAGAUGUCUGGGGCUGGGAGACGAUCGCACCUAUUCCGAAGAUGAAGUGGGCACAAUUUACAUCCCUGAGGGCUGGAAUCAAUUUUCGAAAUAUUCCAUACGUUACAUAUACAAUCGCAUGUUGUACAUACUUUUGGGUGUGCAUUUGGACCAUCGUUUAUUGAUCAAUUUCCUAAAUACACGCACUAAUGUUGUAACGAAUGUAACGGUGUUUCCUGAGUUAACAGUGCGCGCCACUUGUGGUGGUAGUAUCAAUGUGUUGAUACCUUUCCCGGAGAAACUCGCACAAACUCUCUAUAGCAAUUUAAUACAAUCAUUUACCGACUUGCAGGCAAGUGAUCGUCCACCGAAGAUAUUAUCACGCACGAAACAGCAAAGCAAUCCGUGGGAUGAGCUCGCAGCGCGUCGCAACAAAGACGUUUACCCCAUAAUGGAAGAGGAUAAUAUUUCGGAUAUUGAGGAAAGUCAGGAAGUACAAACACUGAACGCAACUAAAGAACGCUUUAAUGCGUCUAACUCCGGACAGGCGGAGAGACAUGCAAGCUGGGCUGACGUGAAACCGCAAACAGCAAACAUCGAAGUAAUGAAUUCGCUGAAAACACGACUGGAUGAAACUGUGGAACCAGUGAAAGACGCCAUUGUUAGCUAUGUAGAGGCUAUGGUUAACAAUUGGUUUCGACUCUAUGGCAGCGAAAUAAUGAAAAGCGGAAAAUUAGCCAUACAAGAUUUAGCCGAUCAACGUCAGAUGAUUGAAAAAUAUAUGAAUUUCGCGAAACCUGUUGCCGAACCCAAGAGCGGUUUCGUCAUCUACAACACAAAGGUCACCUUGGACGAUAGCAAGCAUAUAUUAUUGCGUGAUACUGUGGAAAAGAGUAAACAGGAACUGAAAACUGAACCAAAGCGGGUGAAUAUAAAAGAAGAUAACACAAAUAAUCAAGCAACACCCAUUCAAAGUGAAGAACCGUUAGUAGAAGAAGCAUAUAAAGUGCGAAAUCGUAAUUAUUAUAAGAACGUGCGUGCAAAAAUCAAUACUGGUAUAAGAAAUGAUAAAACUACUACAAACUCACCGCCGCAGAAUGUAAAAAAGACUGUAGAAAUUAUAUUGUCCGCCGAAAGAAAUACACAAAAUUCCAAAAAUAAUCUUACAGAGCCGAAAGCUUCUACUGGUUUGAAACCAGCACUGAAGAAAGCAAAGCCAUUAAGUGGCGGUCGAAUCGAAAAGGAAAAUGCUGGCAAAAGGCAUUCUACAAAUAAUCGAGGAAAAGGGGGUACGAGCAUAAAUUCAUCACAGCAAAAUUCCCUAAUAAAUAUCGAUGGCAAAUUAAAGAGCAAACGUGCCAAGCUCAAAGCUGGCGUAACUGCUGCACAAAAUUCCAAAAAUAUAAGAAACAAUGCCGUCAAACAUUCAACCACGAACAGCGUUAACGCAGCCGAGUCACAAGUGAAGCUCAACAGAUCGAGUCCAAUAAAAAAGAUACGCUUCAAUCUAUUGAAAACGACCGAACCAACAUCUUAUCUCUCAAGUCAAUGGCCAAGUACGUACAAAAGUUUAGAGAAUCUACUGAAGAGUUCUUUCCCAUUUCGUGAUCAGGCGCGUGAACCCGGUGGCAGCGCAGAUACGAAGGACUUUUUAAAUAAAUAUGAUUUAAAUAACGAUCUAGAGGAGAUAAUCUUUAGCAAAAACGAAAAGAAUAUCGCCGAAACGCAACUUAAAUCACAAAAAAGAUAUACCUACGAUUUAGAGAAAAGUGGAGACAGCGCAAAUGAUUCUUCCGAGUUACUGCAGACGAUAGAAGAGCAUUUUGCCGAACAAAUCGAAGCGAAGCGUUUGGAACUACUGGACAUGGUAAGGCGUAGAAAUCUGCCGAACAUCAUGGAUAAUAAUGAAAAUUUCGAUUUGAACAUCAACUACGUGAACGCGGAGCGUGAAGAAGAUGUGGGUUAUUUUGUGCCACCGGUCGAUGAAUGGGCGCAAUGGGAAUUCAAAAAGAAACUGAAGGAAAUGCGUGAAAAGGAAAUGUUGACUACCCUGAACAAUAAGAAAGUGAAUUUCAAUGAAUCAUAAUGUGUAAAAUUUGAGCAAAUAAAUACAUACAUACAUAUGUGCGACGGUACCACAAAAAUCCCUUUCUUUUU